GAGGCUUCGGUCCUGGCAGCUGCGGUGGCUUCUCCGACCUCCAGCAGCCCCCGGAGCCCAUGGAGGCAGACAGCGUCGUGGGCCGAGGGGCGGCCCCAGGGCCCCCCCGGCCUGGCCUGGUGCCCGUCAGCAUCAUUGGGGCUGAAGACGAGGAUUUCGAGAACGAACUGGAGACGAACACAGAGGAGCAAAACAGCCAGUUCCAGAGCCUGGAGCAGGUGAAGCGGCGCCCAGCCCACCUGAUGGCCCUCCUGCAGCACGUGGCCUUGCAGUUCGAGCCAGGACCCCUGCUCUGCUGCCUACAUGCGGACAUGCUGGGCUCUCUGGGCCCCAAGGAGGCCAAGAAGGCCUUCCUCGACUUCUACCACAGCUUCCUGGAGAAAACCGCGGUUCUGCGAGUCUCUGUCCCUUCCACAGUCGCCUUUGAACUUGACCGCACGAGGCCUGACCUCAUCUCCGAGGAUGUCCAGCGGCAGUUCGUGCAGGAGGUGGUGCAGAGCCAGCAGGCAGCUGUCAGCCGGCAGUUGGAGGACUUCCGCUCCAAGCGGCUCAUGGGCAUGACACCCUGGGAGCAGGAGCUGGCCCAGCUGGAGGCCUGGGUGGGGCGGGACCGCGCCAGCUUCGAGGCCCGGGAGCGGCACGUGGCAGAGCGGCUGCUGGCCCACUUGGAGGAGAUGCAACAUACCAUCUCUACUGAUGAAGAAAAGAGUGCCGCUGUGGUCAGUGCCAUCAGCCUGUACAUGCGCCACCUCGGGGUGCGGACCAAGAGUGGGGACAAGAAGUCGGGGAGGAAUUUCUUCCGAAAAAAGGUAAUGGGGAACCGGCGAUCAGAUGAGCCAACCAAGACCAAGAAAGGACUGAGCAGCUUCCUGGAUGCCGCCCGAUGGAACCGGGGAGAGCCCCAGGCCCCAGAUUUUCGACAUCUCAAAGCAGAGGCUGAUGUGGAGAAGCCAGGCCUCAUAGAACGGAAGGGAGGCCUGGGGGUGCCCUCCCGGAAUGUUGGGACCCCUGGGCAGGACUCCCCUGGAGUUUCACUGCAGCCUCUGUCCGGAGACAGCCCUGACCGGGAACCAGGUGUUGAUGCCUCACCGGAGCUGGGGGACCUGCCCCUGCAGGGCCCGGCCAGCCUGGAGCCCCCAGCGCCCCUGGAGAGCACUGAGGAGGGUCCUGAGACAGAGAGCCCCGAGCCUGGAGAUGAGGGGGAGCCGGGACGGUCGGGACUAGAGCUGGAACCAGAAGAGCCCCCCGGCUGGCGGGAGCUCAUCCCCCCAGACACCCUGCACAGCCUGCCCAAGAGCCAGGUGAAGCGGCAGGAGGUCAUUAGCGAGCUGCUGGUGACGGAGGCGGCCCAUGUGCGUAUGCUGCGGGUGCUGCACGACCUCUUCUACCAGCCCAUGGCUGACGGGGGCUUCUUCCCCCUGGAGGAGCUACAGAACAUCUUCCCCAGCCUGGACGAGCUCAUCGAGGUGCAUUCCCUGUUCCUUGAUCGUCUGAUGAAGCGGAGGCAGGAGAGCGGCUACCUCAUUGAGGAGAUCGGAGAUGUGCUGCUGGCCCGGUUUGAUGAUGCCGAGGGCGCCUGGUUCCAGAAAAUCUCCUCCCGCUUCUGCAGCCGCCAGUCCUUUGCCUUAGAGCAGCUUAAAGCCAAACAGCGCAAGGAGCCUCGUUUCUGCGCCUUCGUGCAGGAGGCUGAGAGCCGCCCACGGUGCCGCCGCCUGCAGCUGAAGGACAUGAUCCCGACGGAGAUGCAGAGGCUGACCAAGUACCCUCUGCUCCUGCAGAGCAUCGGGCAGAACACAGAAGAGCCAGCAGAACGGGAGAAAGUGGAGCUGGCAGCUGAGUGCUGCCGGGAGAUUCUGCACCACGUCAACCAGGCUGUGAGGGACAUGGAGGACCUGCUGCGGCUCAAGGAUUAUCAGAGGCGCCUGGACUUGUCCCACCUGAGGCAGAGCAGUGACCCCAUGCUGAGCGAGUUCAAGAACCUAGACAUCACAAAGAAGAAGCUGGUCCACGAGGGCCCACUGACGUGGAGGGUGACAAAGGACAAGGCUGUUGAGGUCCAUGUGCUGCUGCUGGACGACCUGCUGCUGCUGCUCCAGCGCCAGGAUGAGCGGCUGCUGCUCAAAUCACACAGCCGGACGCUCACGCCCACGCCCGACGGCAAGACCAUGCUGCGGCCGGUGCUGCGGCUCACGUCCGCCAUGACCCGUGAGGUGGCCACCGAUCACAAAGCUUUCUAUGUCAUUUUUACCUGGGACCAGGAGGCCCAGAUAUACGAGCUGGUGGCGCAGACCGUGUCAGAGCGGAAGAACUGGUGUGCCCUUAUCACUGAGACCGCAGGAUCCCUGAAGGUCCCCGCUCCUGCCUCCCGCCCCAAACCCCGGCCUAGCCCCAGCAGCACCCGUGAACCCCUGCUCAGCAGCUCUGAAAAUGGCAACGGUGGCAACCGAGAGAUGCCCCUGGCUGAUGGCCGGAUCGAGAGAACCCUCAGCACCCUCCUGCCCUUCUGCAGGCCAGGCCCUGAGGGCCAGCUCGCUGCCAAAGCCCUUCAGAAAGUGUUGUCCCUGAAGCAGCUCCUGCUCCCCUCAGAGGAAGACAGCGGGGCAGGGCCUCCCCCUGAAGGGGAUGGAGUUCCAGGGGGCAGCCCCCUGAGCCCCACACAGACCCAGGAAAUCCGAGAGGAGCUACUUGGCCUGGAGGACACCAUUAAACAGCUGGAGGAGGUGGAGGAGGAGUUCUGUCGCCUGCGACUCAUCUUGUCUCAGCUCAGAGAGAACACUGUCCCCCAGUCUGGCUGUACCUGAGGCUCCCUGCCCCAGGCAGGCCUCCUGCAAGAUGGAGAGGACGUGAGGACCACCCACCCACUACUGCACAGCUGCCGCAGCGUCUGCAACCCCACGGGCCCAAGGAGAGGGAGCCGGGCUUUCGGGGCCGUGUCUGAGGGGUCCAGCUGGGAUCACUGCCUCCCCCAACCUCUCGUUGGCCUUGGCCUUCUGUUUUGGGGACUCAGGGCUUCAUCCCCGGGGCACCACCAUGAUCACCAUUUCCCGGGCCAUCUCAGUAUUGCCUGGGGGGGGGGCACCCCUCCAUCUCCCACCCCUAAGUGCCUUUGCUCUGUUGUUUUUAUAUCCUGGAUUGGAGGUUUAUUUUUUAAUAUAUAUUAUCUAAGGAAA